CGACGGAGGGCGCAGGCGGCUCGGCGAGCCCCGCCGGUUGACUGUUCGGGCGGUUCCGCUCGGACCCUGGCCCUGACCCUGGCCCCGCGAUGGGAGCUGCUCUCCGGGGCCCGCGCCCCUGAAGCCAAAGAGCCGUCUGCCCACCCACACUCCUCCUGCCCUGUUUGGGGGUCGUCAUCGUCUGUCGGGUCCUGAGCCCUAGCUGGCUCCCGCCCAAGGAGCAGGACGAUGUUCCUGGCAUCGGUGGUGCUGGGAAGCGGCCCCCGGGGAGGGUCUCCGCUCCGGCCCCUCCUGGGGCCCGCACUCUCCCUCCGGCCCCGCUCCACGUCAGCCACGGACACGCACCACGUGGAGAUGGCGCGGGAACGCUCCAAGACGGUCACUUCCUUUUACAACCAGUCCGCCAUCGACGUGGCAGCAGAGAAGCCCUCGGUCCGCCUCACUCCCACCAUGAUGCUCUAUUCCGGUCGCUCUCAGGACGGUAGCCAUCUUCUGAAAAGCGGCCGGUACCUGCAGCAGGAGCUGCCGGUGAGGAUCGCGCACCGCAUCAAGGGUUUCCGCAGCCUGCCCUUCAUCAUUGGCUGCAACCCCACCAUACUGCAUGUGCACGAGCUGUACAUCCGUGCCUUCCAGAAGCUGACGGACUUCCCCCCGAUCAAAGACCAGGCGGAGGAUGCCCAGUAUUGCCAGCUCGUGCGACAGCUCCUGGACGACCACAAGGACGUGGUGACCCUCUUGGCUGAGGGCCUGCGGGAGAGCCGGAAGCACAUAGAGGAUGAAAAGUUGGUCCGCUACUUCCUGGAUAAGACACUGACUUCCAGGCUUGGGAUCCGCAUGUUGGCCACUCACCACCUGGCGCUGCAUGAGGACAAGCCCGACUUCGUUGGCAUCAUCUGCACUCGUCUCUCACCAAAGAAGAUCAUUGAAAAGUGGGUGGACUUUGCCAGACGCCUGUGUGAGCACAAGUACGGCAACGCCCCCCGUGUCCGCAUCAACGGCCACGUGGCCGCCCGUUUCCCCUUCAUCCCGAUGCCGCUGGACUACAUCCUGCCUGAGCUGCUCAAGAAUGCCAUGAGAGCCACAAUGGAGAGCCACCUAGACACUCCCUACAACGUCCCUGAUGUGGUCAUCACCAUCGCCAACAACGAUGUGGACCUCGUCAUCAGGAUUUCAGAUCGGGGUGGAGGAAUCGCUCACAAAGACCUGGACCGGGUCAUGGACUACCACUUCACUACGGCCGAGGCCAGCACCCAGGACCCCCGGAUCAGCCCCCUCUUCGGCCACCUGGACAUGCACAGUGGUGGCCAGUCAGGACCCAUGCACGGCUUCGGCUUCGGGCUGCCCACCUCGCGGGCCUACGCGGAGUACCUCGGUGGCUCCCUGCAGCUGCAGUCCCUGCAGGGCAUCGGCACGGAUGUCUACCUGCGGCUACGCCACAUUGACGGCCGGGAGGAAAGCUUCCGGAUCUGACCCGCAGGCUUGGCCUCGCUCGCCGGGGCGGGCAGGGCGGCACUCCGUUCUACACGCUGCUGCAUCGUGGGUCCUAGGGCCCCAGACAGACGGACUCACGCGGGGCUGGGCGGCCACUUCUCCUCCGUAGGGUCCACUGCUUCCUUGCCUCCGGACCUUGGAGGGGAGGAAGUGGGGACCCCUGAGGUCUCCAGCACCAGCUCCAACAUUUGCGUUCCGGGGAACCCCCUUCUGACCUGUCGUUUGUUAUUAAAGUUCACAUUUUGAAUGCUCUCUCGGGCAGGUGAGCCGUC